GGCAAAAGUGACGACAACUAAACCAAAACCCGUGAAAAACACAAGUACUGUUCACUGCACAUUCUCUACUCAUCAAGGAGAUCUAGAGAGACAGAUUCUUGAUUUUACUCAAUUUGAAGAUGAAUAAAUCAGCAGUGAUAGUUCUAAUGACAGUAUGUAUAUUGGCGUGUGCGUGGGCGCAGAGCCAAGAAGGAAUACCCAACUGCGCAACAAAGCUAGCACCGUGUUUCAGCUACUUAAACGGCACCACUAAACCAUCCAUGGAAUGCUGUAAUCCACUCAAAGAAGUUGUCAAAACUGAAAGACCAUGUCUUUGCAGCAUUUAUAACAACCCUGCUUUAAUUCAGACUUUUCAUAUUAAUGUCACUCAAGCCCUCAAUCUUAUCACUCUUUGUCAUGUUGAUGGUGUCAAAGAUCCCAACAUUUGCAAAGCUACAGCUUUAUCUCCAUCUUCAUCUUCAUCUUCGGCUUCUACUGGAUCAACUUCAGCUCCUUCAGGGACCUCAUCUGGAAGCAGUACUCCUGGCAAUGCUGCUACUAAGAUUACUUGGGCGGGCUCGGCUGGAUUAGCCUCUAUCUUACUAGUAUUUGGUGCAUAUACAAUGCUGUAUUAGAUAUUUUGCUGUUCUCUCUAAUUAUGUCAUGUACUUUAUUAAGAGCUUAUAUGUAAUCAUCUUCAUAACCAUAAUUUAUAUUAUAUAUAAUGAGGCAUGCUUCACUUCUAA